UUAAUUGUGCUUUUGAUGAAUACUAUUAAUAAUUGAUAUCAAGUGUUAUUUUUGUAUUUUUGUAAUUUGUUAUUUUAUUCAUAUUUUUCAAAAAUUUAUAUUUUGAAUUUUAUACACAAUGGUAGAAGAAGUAGUUAAUUCUACUAACAAACCAAAGAACAAAACUGCUAGACCCCGUCCAGUUUAUUUAUGGAAUGUAUUAGAUGUACAAAAAUGGUUGAGAAGGCAUUGUAGUGAUUACUAUCAAUUAUAUCAUGAAAAGUUUUUAUAUCACGAUAUCACUGGAAGAGUUUUGUUAAGGAUAAAUGAAAAUAUUUUAUUGAGACUUGGAAUUGACAAUGAGCAACAUAGAUUGGAUAUUUGGCGGGAAAUAAUGAAAUUACAUCUUAAAACAGACAUGUUAGAAAUUAAAGAUAUUGAGCGACGUAAUAAUAUGAACUUUGAUUAAUCUUUUGCAGACAAUUAACUUAAAUAUAAGCAAUGUUUAAUAAAAU